AAGCCGCCAGUCGCACUGUGUGUGGUGUGGCCGGGGAAGGCCUAGAUCUCCGUGGUGUUUGCGCCAAGGGGGGUCCCGUUGCGAGACCCAACCGCCGUCACGAUUGCUUCCCAGUUGCGUAUCCAAUCCAUCAUCUCCCCUCCCGAGCCGCCCGACGCCCACGCGGCCGCGGCAACGCCCUCCUUGGACCAGCAGAACCCGACGCCAAAGAGGAAGUUCCACCACGCCUUUACCGCGCCGGCGCCCGAUGCGCCCAUCGAUUCGGCAGAGCCGCCUGCGCCGCCGCACUCCUUGCUCCCCCAGCGCUUGCCCAACAUUCGCCAGCCACUGCCGCACGGCCCGCCACGCCCCGCCGCGGUCGGGGCGGUCCGCACCCAGGGCCACACCGCUACCAUAGCCGCCGCUGCCGACGAUGAUCACAGGCCGCCCGCCCAGGCUCCAAUGAUGUCGGGUAGCCCCGGCAGCCCGGGCGCCAUUGACAGCAAGAAGGGCAUCAAGCGGACACCACUGCGAUCCAGCAUCGCCUGCCAACGCUGCCGCAAGUCCAAGAUCAAGUGCAAUAACACGGGCGGCGACCAGCCCUGCGAGACAUGCAUUCGCAAUGGCAAGGAGUGCACCUACCCCGAGGUGACGCCCGCCCCGCCGAAGCGGUCCGAGCCGUCCUCGGGCGUCAAGAUGGAGCAGGGCCCGGAACGGAAGCGUCUACGGCGUAUCGAAGACAUUGUCAAGAUGGAAGGUGCCGUCCCGCCCGCCGUGGUCGCCGAAGACGUCCUCUCGGCCCCCUAUCUUACCGAGACCGUGUGGAACCAGCUGUUCGACAUAUAUCGGCUGCACUUUGCGACCGAGCUGCCCUUCCUCCACUUGGCCACCCUAAAGGAGAAGCUCGGAAACCGGUUCAGGGCGAAACCUGCCGACACCUCGCCCGAGAUCAACCUCGUGCUCUUGGGCAUCCUCACGCUAACGGCACGGUUCCACAGCACCCUGGUCUCGUACGUCACGGCACCCCGGAACAGCCCAGCAGGGCCGGGCGUGCCCAAGCCUCGGCAAGGCGGCCCGGCCCAGGACGCAUCGAGCGCGUCAGAGUACUACGCCGAUGUCCUGACCAAGGCGCUCGGCGGCCUGAGGACGAGCAUGACGGUAGCCUCGGUGGAGAGAGUGCAGGCCUUCCUGAUGCUGGGGCUUUAUGAAUGGAGUCAGGCGCGGCCCAGAGUCGGAGGGAUGGCGGCGUGGAUGUACGUCGGCGUGGCAAUCCGGAUGGCGCAGGCCCUGGGGCUGGGCGACGGCGACAAGGAGUCAGGCAAGGUGUUCCGGUCCCGGCCCGUCAAGCCCGCCCAGCAAACCAUGACGCCGACCCAGCGGAUAACAGCGAAAGAAAUUAGGAGACGUACCAUGUUCAGCUGUCUGAUCUUGGAUCGCUUGUUGGGCUGCGGCAAGGAUCGCGUCUCCACCAUUCGCUCCGAGGAUUUGCAGAUCCAGUUGCCGUGCGCCGAAGUCUCCUUCGACCUCUCGGAUGACGUCUACACGGGCUUCCUGAAGCCGACGCCCGGGGUGGACCCCAACCGGCCCAUCUCGGACAGCGUGCUCGGUCGCUUUGUCCGCCUCGUCGACCUCUGGGGCGAGAUCUCCAAGUGGAGUUUCUCGGGCGGCCGGUUCACCGAGGACCACCCUCCAUGGUCGCCCGAAUCGAACUUCUUCCAGUUGCGUCGGAAGCUGGAGGCGUUCUACGGGGAUCUCCCAGACCACUUCAAAUGGUCAGACAGCAACUACUACAAACACGAAAACCACCAGGCCAGCAGCGUCUACGUUUCGCUCCACAUGCUGGGUGCCGUGUGCAGGAUCAUGCUUCACCGUGAAUAUAUCCCGUUCAUUCCCAUUCUCUGCUCCACGCCGGUCGGUCCGCUCGACGAGCCCACGUUCGCCCCGGGGCAGGAGCCGCAGGGCUUCUGGGAGGCCAGUGCCGAAGAGAUCUUCCAUGCUGCCAAGGACAUUGUCGACCUCGCCGAGAUUUGCCGCGACAAGCUGCCUAUGUCCUCCCUCGUGCUCUUCGCCAUCUGGACGGCCGCUUUCGUCGGCAUCUAUGCCGUCCACUUCCCGCACAUGGAUACCAAGGGUCAUAUGCUGCCCAAGGAGGAGACCAAGGGGCCGAUCGACGUGACCAAGCAUGGACCUACCGGGCUGACGUACAAGCUGCUGACGCACAUGUCGCUCUGGCUCAAGCUGGCUGAGACCUACGUUGGCUACUUCAACGAGAUGGCCCGCUACUAUGAGACGGUCAAACAGGACUACGAGAGGUACGUUGGCAGCAACAAUAAAAGUCGCAGGGGCGGCGGCGGGCUGGAGGAGUGGAAGGAGCGAGCUUUCAAGGUCGUCAACAACGGCGAGAUCCUCGUCGUCGACGAGGGGAAGAGCACUUCUCGGGACAGCACGGUUGAGCCCGGCUCCUCGGUCGGCCCGGACGGCAGCAGCCACCCGACCGACCACGCCAAGACGCCCCGGUCGACCUCGAUGUCUUUCACGCCGAUCAACACGUCGCAGUCACACCAGGGCCAGUCCGACUCGGCUUCUGAAGCCGCGGCCGAGGCAGCCGCGUCCACGCUCUGGCGCAUCCAGCAGCCCCACGGCCACCAGCACAACAGUCACCACCCGCACCCGCACCCGCACCAGCACCAGCACCAGCAUCAGCAUCAGCAUCAGCAUCAGCAUCAGCACCAGCACCAGCAACCUUCGCCCUCCCAGACCUCGGGCGCCGUUCCGUCGCCUCAGAUGGCGCAGCACCCACACCCGCACGCGAACGCGACGAUGGCGAUGAGUACGAUGGCGGUGCCGAAGCUGCCGCCAUACGACGCCGGCGAAGUGGCGAUGUACCUGGAACAGAACCAGUCGAUGCCGUGGAACCUGGCGCCGGGUGGUGUCGACCAGUUUGCGCACGGUACCGAGGACCUGGACCACUUGGAUCAGGGGAAUCUCUUCUGGGGGAGCAUGCCCGAGAACUGGACCGGCUCUACUACGGCCGGGGUUGGGGUUGGGAUGGGGGGAAUGUUGCAAGGUUAUUCGGGUUAUUAGAUGCGAUGCGUAAAAAGGGAGGAAGUAUGUCAUAUGCUUGCUGCCCUAGAGCGAGGGAUCAUUUCGUAACUUUGGUUGGCAUUGAGAUGUUGAUCUUUUCGGAUGGCGGUCUAGUCUGUUAAUAUGGGAUGGAGGGGGGCUUUUUCUUCUCACACUUUUAUCUUUGGCAAGGUGCUCUUGG